CGGGCUCCCGCCUCCCGCUUGGCCCCGACCCUGCUCUAGCCGCCCGCCGAGGAUAUGGAUGCUUCCUUGGAUGUGUGGGACCAUUUCUUCACACCUUUGAUGUCAUUGUGGGUUAACAGGUUUUAUGUGUACUUGGGUCUUGCCUUUGGCAUUAGUCUGUGCAUCUGUGUCCAAGUGGCCAUCAAAAAACUCGGCGACCGAUCAUCAAAGGAAUCCUCCCUCCAGAAGGCUCCCCCAACUCCAGUGGCAAAUGGUCCCAUCUCAAAUCAGAAGAAAGAAGAAGUCUUUGUUUCUGGAGUGAAGAUCUUCUAUGGUACCCAGACAGGCACCGCCAAGGGAUUGGCAACACGUCUCGCCAAAGCAGUAACGGCUCUGGGUUUCCCUGCGGUGGUCAUUAAUUUGAAAGAAUAUGACCCUGACGAUCGCCUGGGGGAAGAGGUAACCAGUAAAAAUCUCUGCGUCUUCCUGGUUGCUACCUACACCGAUGGCCAGCCGCCAGAGAGUGCAGAGUGGUUCUGCAGAUGGCUGGAGGAAGCAUCGAAUGACUUCAGAUUUGGCAAGACCUAUCUGAAGGGCAUGAGAUACGCAGUGUUUGGAUUGGGAAACUCAGUGUAUGACGGCAACUUUAACAAGGUUGGCAAAAACAUUGAUAGAUGGUUGUGGAUGCUCAGUGCCAGGCGGGUCAUGACCUGCGGAGAGGGAGACAGCAACGUGGUGAGGAGCCGGCACGGGAGUCUGGAAGCUGAUUUUGCCGCUUGGCAGGCCCACUUCCUUUCCCGGCUGCAGGACCUGAGCCGCGGUGACUGUAGUGAGAAGAAGGCAGCCUGCCGCCACCGCCAGGGCCGCUGUAAGAAAGGCGAAUGCAAAAGCAAGAAGAAGGAGGGCAAGAAUGCAGGGCCAGAGGGGUCAAGGCACGAAGCCCCAGAGGAGGAAGAACAGUUUGAAACCACGAGUGAGGAGGAGUCGGGCGCCGAAGAGGGCCGGAGCAGCAGCUCAGUGGUGGACGUGGAGGAUUUGGGAAAGAUGAUGGACAGCAUGAAGAAGGCGAAGAAAGAAAGAGAGCAGCAGGACAUGGAGCAGGAUAUGUCUCGGAGUCCUGGGAAGACUGAAGCCCGUGAAAAGCGAGAGAUGAUUACUCCAGCUCUGCGAGAAGCUCUUUCCAAACAAGGUUACCAGUUGAUUGGAAGCCACUCUGGAGUGAAGCUGUGCCGCUGGACAAAGUCCAUGUUGCGAGGCAGAGGAGGCUGCUACAAACACACUUUCUAUGGCAUUGAAAGCCAUCGCUGCAUGGAGACCACCCCGAGCCUGGCAUGUGCAAACAAGUGUGUCUUCUGCUGGAGGCACCACACCAAUCCAGUAGGUACCGAAUGGCGAUGGAAGAUGGACCAGCCUGACAUGAUCUUACAGCAGGCCAUCGAAAACCACCAGAACAUGAUCAAACAAUUUAAAGGAGUUCCUGGUGUGAAAGCCGAACGCUUAGAGGAAGGUCUGCAGGUGAAACAUUGUGCCCUGUCGCUUGUAGGAGAGCCCAUCAUGUACCCAGAAAUCAACAGCUUCUUGAAACUGCUACACCAGCACAGAAUUUCCAGCUUCCUGGUCACCAAUGCUCAGUUUCCGACAGAGAUCAGGAACCUGGAGCCAGUUACCCAGCUGUAUGUCAGUGUGGAUGCUAGCACCAAAGAUAGUCUGAAGAAAAUCGACCGACCGCUCUUCAAGGAUUUCUGGCAGAGAUUCCUUGACAGUUUAAAAGCUUUGUCUGAAAAGCAACAACGCACAGUGUAUCGCCUGACCCUGGUGAAGGCUUGGAAUGUGGAGGAACUCCGAGCCUACGCGGAGCUGGUGUCCCUGGGCGAGCCGGACUUCAUUGAGGUGAAGGGUGUGACCUACUGCGGAGAAAGCUCAGCCAGCAACCUCACCAUGGCCAACGUGCCUUGGCACGAGGAAGUGAUACACUUUGUGGAAGAGCUCGUGGGUCUGCUCCCCAAAUAUGAAGUUGCCUGUGAGCACGAACACUCCAAUUGUCUCCUGAUUGCUCACACCAAGUUCAAGAUUGAUGGAGAGUGGUGGACCUGGAUUGAUUAUGACCGAUUCCAGGAGCUCAUCCAAGAGUAUGAAAACAGUCAUGGCUUGAAGACCUUCAGCGCCAAGGAUUAUGUGGCCAAGACUCCCCACUGGGCCGUCUUUGGGGCCAGUGAGCGAGGUUUUGAUCCCAAGGACACAAGAUUCCAGAGAAAGAACAAAUCUAAGGACAUCUCUGGCUGUUGAGACUCAGGCUUAGUUGGGAGGUGUUAUGUUAGCUGGGACCAUCCUGGCCCCAGAACUGACUAGUCCUAACUAAGUGUGUGCUCACAAGGACAGAGAACGCAAGUGAAUUUUCGUGCAGAGAAUGUUCAACAAGCAAAAUUCUGGGGAGAAACAGUGCAUUCAAGAAGGAAAGGCAGAAUCCCAACUCUUGGAGAGCGUGGAACUCAGCCCCGACUUUCAUUGUAGAACUCAAGGUUUUGCCCCUCUUGGGGAAAUUUCAGCAGAUCUGAACUAUUGUCGGCAGACCUUGACUUGAAGGGCAGCGAGUGCGAUCGUCAUCUGGUGCCCACCUUGUAUUAAGGGAUGAGCUACUGCCUGGGCUAAGUCUCCUGCCUGGUCAUCCCGAGCCCUCUUUGUAACAAUCAAUAUCUGCCCUCCUCGAGUUCCGAUCGCUGGACUUUUAGAAGAGUAUUUCCUAAGAACUAUCCGAUUUGCCACGAAUGGAAGCUACCUGGUUAGCUCUUGUCAUUUCUUCUGCCUCUGGGCCAGCCCCUGUGACAGCGAAUUGGUCUUCUGGUGAGAUCCCCUUGUCAGUGGACGUCCUUCUUUUCCCACGGCACUGCCUAAAGAGCUCAUCCACAACGGGAUGAGAAAGAAAGCCUUUCUGCACAGGGCUCAUUGCAGUGUGCUUGCAUUCGAGUAUUUCUGCCAGCCAGAUUCCCAAACCAAGAGAACAAUUUACUUCCAGGCAUCUUAGAGACCCGUAUCAAGUGGGCCCCUGCCAUCCCUUCGUUCUCCAAGUUGCCGGUGCUCGGAUGAAUCUCGAGGUCCAUUUCUUCCCCAGCGCAGAGCUCACACAGUAUCCAGUGCUUGCCUUUCUUUUGAAGGUCAUCGUGGUUAUUUUAAAAAUGCCUUCAACCCAGGAACUGAGCUUAAUAAAAUAUUCUUUCUGGAAUGCUUGGAA